UCAGCAAUCCGUGUUUCUGCUCUCUGCAGCAACGCCUGUUCUUUCUUAGCUGCAUGCUUCUCGUGCGCUGCAGCCUCAUCCAGCAUCAGUCUAAUAUCUCUGUUAUCUGGCCAAAAUGGCACUUCACGUCCCCAAAGCUCCGGGAUUUGCUCAGAUGUUAAAGGAUGGUGCGAAGCACUAUUCGGGUCUUGAGGAGGCUGUUUUCAGGAACAUCCAGGCAUGCAAAGAACUGGCACAUACCACAAGAACUGCAUAUGGACCAAAUGGUAUGAACAAAAUGGUCAUCAACCACUUGGAGAAACUCUUUGUCACAAAUGAUGCUGCCACCAUUCUCAGAGAGCUGGAGGUUCAGCACCCGGCAGCCAAAAUGAUCGUGAUGGCAUCCCACAUGCAAGAGCAGGAAGUAGGCGAUGGCACAAACUUUGUGCUUGUGUUUGCUGGUGCUCUGCUGGAGCUUGCAGAGGAGCUGCUGAGAAUGGGCCUGUCUGUUUCAGAGUUGAUUGAGGGCUAUGAGAUGGCAUGUAAGAAAGCUCUAGAGAUUCUCCCCGAUUGCGUCUGUUCGUCUGCGAAGAACCUGCAUGAUCUGGAUGAGGCCACAGCCAUGAUCCGCUCAGCCGUCAUGAGCAAACAGUACGGCAAUGAGGACUUCCUGGCCAACCUUAUCGCACAGGCCUGUGUCUCUAUCUUCCCCGAGUCUGGAAAUUUCAAUGUCGAUAAUGUCAGAGUGUGCAAAAUUUUGGGCUGUGGACUGAACUCUUCUAUGAUGCUUCAUGGGAUGGUAUUUAAGAAAGAGACUGAAGGAGACAUUACAUCAGUGAAAGACGCAAAGAUAGCAGUGUUCUCCUGUCCGUUUGACUGCAUGGUUACUGAAACAAAAGGAACAGUACUUAUAAAGAACGCAGAGGAGCUCAUGAAUUUCAGUAAAGGAGAAGAGGACCUGAUGGAGGCCCAGGUGAAGUCUAUCGCUGAUUCAGGGGCCAAUGUGGUUGUGACUGGGGGCAAAGUUGCUGAUAUGGCCCUUCAUUACGCCAACAAGUACAAGCUCAUGUUGGUGAGCUUAAAUAAAGAGGAUGGCACCAUCUCUACUUUAGUAAUUCGUGGGUCCACAGACAACCUGAUGGAUGACAUUGAGCGUGCCAUCGAUGAUGGAGUUAACACCUUUAAAGUCCUUGUCAGGGACGCACGUCUUUGUCCAGGUGCUGGUGCCACUGAUAUUGAGCUGGCGAAACACAUCACCUCCUAUGGAGAAUCUUGCCCAGGCUUGGAGCAGUACGCCAUCAAGAAGUACGCAGAGGCAUUUGAAGUACUGCCUCGUGCUCUGGCAGAAAACUCUGGCAUCAAGGGCAACGAGCUGAUCUCCAAACUCUAUGCCGCCCAUCACGAGGGCAACAAGAACUUUGGCUUUGAUAUUGAGGGAGAGGGGCCUGCAGUGAUUGACAUGAUGGAGGCCGGUAUCCUCGAUCCAUACUUGGUCAAGCACUGGGGCAUCAAAUUGGCCACAAAUGCAGCCAUUACCGUCCUCCGUGUGGAUCAGAUUAUAAUGGCCAAGCCGGCUGGUGGACCCAAAGCUCCUCAAGGAAAGAAGGACUGGGAUGAGGAUGAAUGAUGUCACUAACCUGUGUGUCUCCCUGUCACCGUCUUAACUUUUCAAGUGUUGUGUAUUUAAUAUCUAGCCCCCAUUCUUUUUGUGUUUUUAGAAGCCAUCCACGUUAACAAUGAGUGGCUCUGAGCUGUUAUUCUGAUCCCAAUAAAGGCACUUGAGCUGUCAGCAUCUUUGUCAUUUAUUUUAAAUAAUGCUUGGUGAACAACAAAAUGCAGCGUAAUUGUUACAGUUUGACAUUCUUGAUUGCGUAUUAAACUUGCUUAUUGAACUCGGAA